UAUGACGUCGAUAUUUAAAGUUGAUGUCUCAAUUGAUGCUGUAGCAACAGAACAAAACUAUACACGCAACGCUGUGUCAAAAGCAGAUAUAGACGAGACGACUCCAAAAUGCAUUGUAUCAGAAAAUACUUCUUCCGAGGAAACUGAAAGGACAUUAUUAACAGAUUUUUUAGAGCACGGAGAUACUCCGAAUUCUUUUGCAGAAUAUUUGAUACAAUCCCGUGCAUAUGGCGAACCUAUGAAUACAUCAGUUGUUGAUGAUGGCUAUCCAAGUCCAGAAAUACCUAUUCCAGGAGAGUUUUUGAUACAAUCCCGUGCAUAUGGUGAACCUAUGGAUAUAUCAGUUGUUGAUAAUGAUGACACAAUCCAUAGGUUUUUACUUGAGUUGACUGCAACGCAUGACUUGAAAUGGACUACAUUUCUUGCUGACCUUGGAUACAGCUCUAAAGACUUACUACGUGUACCACAAGAAAAAAAAGAUGAUAAUUUUUUUCGUUAUUUGGAGCUUUGGCUUAAAACAUUUACAUCUUUAGGACAAAACCCAGUUCAAUAUUUGUAUGGAGCACUAGUAAAGUCUCAUCACAAAGCCCUCAUAGAUGAGCUCAUGCUUCAUUUUCCAAGAGCUACUCAAGGGUCACCAUCUGAUAACGAGUUUGCAGAAGUUAAAAAUAUUUUGCAGGCCAUCAUUUCAAAGCAGAAAAGGGAGGCAACCUGUAUUGACAUAGAAGAAGAAAUCAUGUGUGUGAAGAAAGAAAUUUGGAGUAAUAUAACUGAUAGUGAACUAGAGGAAAUUAAGGCGUAUUUACAUAAUAAAGAGAGAGAGAAAUUUGGUAAAAAAGUACUUGAAAAGAUAAAAACCUGUAUUGACCUAAUGAAAAAACUCAAAGAGACAUGUUUGGUGCAGAACGACGACUUUGAUUUUUUGAAAAAAAUCCUGAAAUUUGUGAAUCGAGAUGAUCUAAUAAAUAGGAUAAUUGAUUUGGAAGCUCGAAUUAGAUUAAAAAAAGAUCAUGAUUUACUGGCUGAGAAACAAAGACCAAUAGUAGUUUUACCGACGAAAUUAAAACUAACACAAAUGAAGAACCUUGUUAACAUAUUUUCAAGUUCAAUUAGAAUCAUAGAACAAAAUAUUUCUGCUCAGACUCAAGACUUACAGAAAACUGACGAAAAUUCAAGGGAACUGACAAACAAGUCUGAAGCAUGUCGUCAGAAAAUGGCAGAAUGCGCAAAACAGAAAAUGCAAAUUGAAAUUCAGAUUAGAAAGUUGCGCUCAGAAAUGGAUGUCUUACAAUGCUCAGAAAAAACUUUCGGAAGUGAAUGCAUUUCAAUUCAUAAAGAAAAAGAGGAACUAAAUGAUUUACACAAGAAGCAGGCGACUGAAUUAGAUCGUUUUAGAAAAACAUUGAAAAAGGAAAACGAAUUAUUAGUGAAACACAAAAACGAAUUAGAAAUUAUGGAAGCUGAUUUGAAACCUGUCCCUGUCGUGUCUAAUCAAGAACCUGUUGGAAAACCAGCGAUACUGGUGAUGACUGCCGAAGAGAAUACAAAAGAUUUAGAAUCAUUCAAGUGUGACGUUAUACAAGCAGUGGCACAAAGUAACAUACUUGAUGUAAUAAUUAAAAACAACACCACUGAGGAAUUUCUAAGCGGAACUGACAAACAAAUAAAGACAGCAAAACUAAUAUUUAUACUGGUUUCCGAUGUGUUUGUGAAACGUUGCUGGCCUGAUGUCUCCAAGAUGAAAAAUCUUACUUCUGCAUUGGUUGAUAAACAACCUUUGGUAGUCCCAGUGAAUAUUGUAGGUAGUAUAAAAUUUCCUAUGGGAUUAAAAUCAGCCCACUGUCUUGCCUUUCACAGACAUGACUGCUAUUAUAAGGAAGCACUAGCAAAGGUUCUCCGGCAGUUCCUGGAAUAGAUUACAUACUGUAUUUGUAGUUUUUUUUAUUCUAAUUGUUGGUCUGUGUUAUGUGUCAAUUCUUGUAGAAGUUUUAUUUUAACUCAAUCGCAUUUUCAAGUAAAGACAAAAAAAAUACAAGAGACAUAUGAAACUUAUCGAUUAGAAAAUAGAAUAUUUCAUAUCAUCAUAAUCAGGAUAUAGUGAAUUUCUGCACCUUGAAUUGACUGACAAAUAUCUGUUGUUUGAAUUGGUCAUUGCAAUAGAAAAUAUAGUAACAAUGCACCUAACAUUCAUAACAUAUUGAUGGGCAUUAACCAUUGAAUUCAGAAAGAGCCAAUUUCCCAGGAAUUAAUUUUACACAUGGCCUUUUUUUGAAAAGUCCAUUUUGGGUAAAUUUUGUCGAACAUUUAGUGUCAUCUGUACUAUUAUUUGUCUGUUUGUCUUUUUAUUUUUGGCCAUGGCGUUGUCAGUUUGUUUUCGAUCUAUGAGUUUGAAUGUCCCUCUGGUAUCUUUCGUCCCUCUUUUAGUAUGUAUCCAAAAUGUACGCAUAGAAAAGACGUUUUUAACCAAUAGUUUAUAGGAACUAAAGCUAUAUAUAUUGUCUUUUAGAAAUCUUUUAGAAAAAAAAAUCAAUUAAAGUCACGGUAACAUUCGAUGUAUUUUUAAAGAACAUCUAGCUUUUUUUUAAUUCAAAGAAUUUUGUUUAAAAACUACCUUUAACAACAAUGUGUAGAACUGAACAUUAUUGUGAUUAUAUGGGUAUGUUAUGUUAUUAAAUAGUCUGUAAUAUUCCUGUUCCAGACGAUUUCAACAAACUGUAUAUGUUGACCCUGGGAAUGAACACAAUACAGGGGAAUAUGGCAAUACUUUUUGUGUGAAAAUGCUUCGGCUAAAUUUGUGAUUUAAAUCCAGGGCUUUGCGAAGGGUGCCAUACGUGUAACUUGUAGAACCCAUCAUAGUUACCAGAAUGAGAAAUUACUGGAAAUAACAUUAAUUUAGAGAAAAAAAUAAUAACAUGGCACCUCAUUGUGUUUAUGAUGCAUCGUAGAAUGAUGGUUCUAUUUUAAUUAUCAAAAGUAUUUUUCAACUUGAAGGAAGUAUUUUUCUUUUUUAUUUUUUGAAACCAAAGAUGCAUGAUAUUUUUUGUGUAAUAUUUAUGAGGUAUCAUGUGAAAUUCCGUUUGAAGCUUAGUUUAUUUUCUACUUAUAUAUAAAAGUGCUUGUUAACAUACACCAGAAUACUUCCCAGUUGACGAAAUAUCUUCAUUGUUUCACCAAUUUAACUACACCCUAAUUAAGCAAAUAAGAAAGCGUAUGCUUAAGAAAGCUUAUUUCUUCGACCCUCCAUGUUUCGCUUCCAGCUUUCACUUGGAAUAAGUUGUCAGGCCACUGCGUUAUUUUGUUCCGUGAGUGACAAAUUUGGAAUAAAUUUAUAUGAGCCCAUAGUACGAGUUUGUUUUUGACAUUUGGCCAUUUUUAAAACUGGGACGUCAGAGCAUUUUUCAUAUAGAAAACAUUAAAAUGGUGACCCAGACUUAGACGGCAAGAUUCUGACUCGAAAUCACAAUAGAUUCAUGCGAGUCCUUGUUCUUUUUUUCUCUCCACGAAAUAGUACCUUUCUUUAUUAUCGUACUACUCCAUGAAGCACAAACAAAUUGCUUUAUUUUCGUCAACCUACGUAACGACGUACUUUCACUUUGAACAAGAUAAUGCAAUCUCGCUUUAUUUUCUACCAGUGCUUGUAGUCCUCGUAGCAAAUUUAUGCAAAUAAACAAUAACUAUAAAAAAAUGACUUAACCCAUCCAUCGACUACUUACAACAGCUAGUGUCGUUAAAUGAAAAUUUUCUAACUGCGUAUAGCGUUAAAACAUAUUAUCUUGGAAUAUUUAGUAUUGAAAACAGCAGAAAAAAGCUUCACAAGAAAUACAAGAUAUAAAAAUAAGACACAUGAAUCGAAAUUGUCAAUUUACUUUUUUUAGACCGAGUUUGUUGUCUUUUAAAAUGAAAUUAACACUUUAGUAUAGGGAUCUUCAUAAUUGUCUGCGAAACUACAUGUUAUAGGGAAGGUAGUACCAAAAACAGUGAAUUCUAAAAAGACGUCAAAAAUUAAGAAAAUGUUCAAGUAAUCACAUUAGUAAGCUUUAAAAGGCCCCAAACUGACAAAUGUAUAACAAUUCAAACGAGAAAUGCAAUCAAAGUGGAAUUAAGUUUAUUUGGUUCAUUAAUCAGAACUGUGUUAACUUAUUACUAGUAUGUUGAAAUAUGCAUGAUGGACUCAUACUUAUGUUUUAACAUGUAUUUGCGUAUUGACCUUUUAUUUUAUGGUAGGCAUUUUUGUUGUAUUUUUUCUAUUUUUCAGUAUUUGAAUCUGACACAAUGUAUGUUUUAUGUAUUUCUCAUUGAUUUGUUUUAAUUACCAUGUUGAAUGUAAAGCGCCUUAGAGUAAUUUUUUAUUUUUUAUAUACGGCGCUUUAUAAAUUUUCAUUAUUACUUACGAUUUAUAAGAGCAAAAGCUUGCGCAAACCUAUAGUAACAAAAUUGUUGAUCCAUUUUGUUUUAUAGAUAUAUCACCUUUUAAAAAGUUUCAUUCAUAAUUCUGUAAAUAUAUAUUGGGUGUUAGAAAAUGCUCAACAAAUUUGGCAACUCGGCUUGAAGUUGAUAGAUUACCAAUAGAAAACUAUAUUAGAGUUCAGUAUUAUUUAUAUUUGGCUAGACUACAUACUAAAGAUAUCAAUCCCUAUUAAAGGAAUCAUUUGAAAUCUGUAAGAUGUUAGAUGAACAAAAUGUAUAUUCCUGGGUAUAUGCCAAAGAUGUUAUCCAUAAAGAGACAGAUGAUUCCAAAAAGUUGUCUUCAUGCAAAACUAUAAAGGAAGUUUUAUCUUUGAAACAAGCAAUUAAGGAAGGAAUGUCUAAUCAUUAUAAAAACCUUUAUAAAAUUAAUAUUGAAAACCUUAGUCCUAUGUUAACAAAGUAAACUUUUUCUCGUAAAGGAUCUAAAAAUGGAUACAUAGAGAAAAUUUAACUUAUCACAUUCAAACUUCUUACGAAAUUUGGAAUAUGUGAUCAUAAUUUGGAAAUUGAAUAGGAUAGAUAUUUAAAAAGUACUUUGAAAUAUUAGACUAUGUAAUGCUUGCUCCAGUAAUGAUAUAGAUGAUGAAAUGCAUUUCCUCUUCCAAUGCGAAACAAAUAACUAUGUAAGAAACAAUUUCUUGUCUGAAAUUGUUUCUCAAAAUACUGAGGUUUUGAAUUUACGUACAAAAAAUGCUACUAACAAUAUAUAUUGAAUCUAACAAGUUUUCAACAGG